AUGCAAUUUAAAGUUUGCAUUCUGGCAGCUGUUUCUGCUCUACUCGUAAGCUGUUUGGAAGCAGUUCCCCUAAAAGAAGAGACCUUUUCAUCAUCGUCAGCAGCAGCAGCCCCAGCAGCAUGCUCCAGUGCAGUGUGCAAAGAGACGGCCAAGUUCUUCCUCAGCUCAAUGAACGCCACCGCCAACCCGUGUGACGACUUUUACGAGUUUGCCUGUGGCGCCUGGCGAACUAAGCCGAUUCCCGAGGACAAAGUCCAAAACUGGGUCCUGACCGAGAUGGACGACCACCUGAAUGGGCAGAUCAGGGAGCUGCUGGCCAAGUACAACGUCGAAGUGGACGGGAAGAAGAACGCCCGAGCGGUGACGCUGGCCGCCUCCGCCUACCAGCGCUGUAUGCAGCUGAAGGACAACAACACCGAGGGAGUUCAGUACAUUAAGGAGCUGGUGGAUGAGGUGCUAG